GACAUGACACCUCGUGCUACCAAAAGCGGAUUUUUUGUCAUCACAGAUAGACUGCACCGCCCAAACCCAUCGAUUUACCUUUAGCCAUCGUCCAGGGUGGUGAGAGGUCGCAUUUCCCCCUCUCCACUCUCAUUUUCUUCCAAAAAAUCCGUACGCCCAUCUUGUGCCCAACCGCUCGGCCACGUUCCUACCGACCCACGUCCAUCAACAAACCUAAAACAGCACGCUCCCCUCUGUUUUCGGGACCCCUCGAAAUCGCCCCACGACCCCCUUCGAGACGACCGGCACUCGUUUUUUCACCUGCGAGCUUUGAAGCAGAGUAGUUAUUGGCAUGGCAGAGGUCAUUCAAGACAUCGAUUUGGACUCGGUCAUUGACCGACUGUUGGAGGUUCGCGGCAACCGUCCCGGCAAGCCUGUGCAGCUUCAAGAAUACGAAAUCAAAUAUCUCUGCUCGAAAGCGCGAGAAAUUUUCAUUCACCAGCCCAUUCUCUUGGAGCUUGAGGCUCCAAUUAAGAUUUGUGGCGACAUACAUGGUCAAUACUAUGAUCUUUUGCGGCUUUUCGAGUACGGCGGAUUCCCCCCGGAAGCCAACUACCUCUUCCUGGGUGAUUACGUGGACCGAGGAAAGCAGUCACUCGAAACCAUCUGUCUGCUCCUCGCCUACAAGAUCAAGUACCCGGAAAACUUCUUCAUUUUACGAGGAAACCACGAGUGCGCGAGUAUCAACAGAAUAUACGGGUUUUACGACGAAUGCAAACGUCGGUAUAAUAUCAAGCUAUGGAAGACGUUCACGGACUGCUUCAACUGCUUGCCCAUCGCUGCGAUCAUCGACGAGAAGAUUUUCACAAUGCACGGUGGAUUGAGUCCCGACUUGCAGUCCAUGGAGCAGAUAAGGAGGGUCAUGAGGCCGACGGAUGUGCCUGAUACUGGCCUCCUCUGCGAUCUGUUGUGGUCUGACCCUGACAAGGAUAUCACUGGUUGGUCAGAGAACGACCGAGGUGUAUCCUUCACAUUUGGGCCUGACGUCGUGUCACGUUUCUUACAAAAGCAUGACAUGGAUCUAAUCUGUAGAGCUCAUCAGGUCGUCGAAGACGGCUACGAGUUCUUUGCCAAGAGGCAUUUGGUUACCUUGUUUUCGGCGCCCAAUUACUGUGGAGAGUUCGACAAUGCGGGGGCUAUGAUGAGUGUGGAUGAGACACUGCUAUGCUCGUUCCAGAUUCUCAAACCUGCAGAGAAGAAGGCCAAAUAUCCCUACGGCGGCAUUAACGUUGGACGGCCUGUAACCCCUCCGCGUAAGCAGAAGAAGGGCGCGAAGACGGGUUAGGAGGUGCAAUGCACCCGCUUUCGGCGUGGUUCUUGGGUGCAGCGCAUUCAUAUCAACAGUACAAGCCCUACUUGCCGCCAAUCACGCUGACCUGCCUUUCACCUGAUUUCACUUCUUCGUCGUCAUUCUCUCGGUUCUUUGCUUUCCUCUCCUCUGGUUGCGUCGGUGACAUCGUAUGUUGUUGUGGGCGGGUAAUUUGGCGCCAGGGCUUGUUUGUGUUCCGCACUUCCAUUCUCAUUUUUGCUUGGUAUCGUCGCACACUUGACUGCAUUAACGCAGCCCUGUAUUCCCCAUUUCCCCCUGCGCUGUAGCAUCAAUCCAGAACAGACAGACUCGCAUACUCGACACCACCUUAUCCGUACUACUGCAACUAAGUCGUCACCUCCAAGCUACCUAUGAUCAAUCACCUACGCUCCAAGUUAUUAUCGUCUUAUUGUACACUUGUAGUUUUCAAUCAUUUCUCGUCCUCUUGUCCAUAGAUGCCCC